AUGCCGUCGCGAGUGGAAGUGAGCGACGACAACCAUGCCAUCUCCAGCAAGUGCAGUCGCAAUGACACGGGCUACCUAACGACCCUUCCCCCUGAGAUCCUGCGAGAAAUUCUCCAAUAUGUAGGCGCCGACGAACUCAGAGCCAACAAUCUGGACAGGCUACUCAUAAGCAAAUACUGGUACUGCAUUGCAUCAGCAGUGUUGCUGGAAGAUGUCAAACUCUCCGCGACUGGCUUGACGAAAUUUCUCGCACUGCAGAAGGCUACACCGGGAAAUAGUGGACCGGAGCAUCAACCUCAACAUAAGGAGGUUACGUGUACACGAGCAAGAACGAUAUCAGAAUCGGAAUCAGAACUGGUGGAUGGGCCCAUUAGCCCAAUAUCAACUCGAACAUCGAGUCUCGCUAUCUGUCUGACCGGUUACUCAGGAUGGGCCACCCAUAUCGACCCCGAGACGCAGCAGAUUAUCCCGGAGAGAUUCAAGAUCCUCGCCGACUGGACCGAAAAGACAAGAGCAGAUAUGCACCGUCUUUCUAGUUGGUUGGGCACAUUGAAAACCUUGACCAGAUUCCGUUUCCAAGCCGAAGGAGAACCGAGUGUGCGCACCAUUCCGGCGAAUCUAUUUGAGCAUAUGAAGAGUUACUUACACGCGGAUGCAAUUGCGCUUAUGUGCAGGAGUAUCCCUGUCGAGCGUUUGAGGGUUCUGGAAUUGGACACAUGCGGAUCGGCGUUUCUGGCGCGAGGUGUGGAUGGUGCUAAGCCAGGACAUGCUUCGGAUAGUGAGCAUAUCUGCCCGCUUAUCGGGAGGUAUGUGCCGUACUUGCAGCAACUGAGGGUGAGGAUGCAUCGGAUCUGCCCGGAGGUUUUUGGAGUUGGUAACAAGAAUAAUUUGCAGUAUACAACAGCGCGGAAGGAGUUUGUAUUUCAUCUGAGCCUGUAUGAUCCACUGAAGGGGAUGACGAGAGCAAAGUCUGCGGGGCUUUGUUCAUUCGACACACCCUGUCGGAGGGAUGUGUUGAUAAAUAAGAUGAUUGAAGGGGCGAAUGUGGCGGCGAUGCAGAUGCCUAAUCUCAAGGCCACGGUUCUGUAUCAUGUUUACCCGUUUGAUCUCGUGGCGAUGGAUUGUCGAACUGGGGAUACCAAGAUGGUGGACAGUCAGGUGGACUGGUUGGAUAAUGAGGACGUGGUUUUUGAAGAUAGGCGAUCUCCUCAUUCAACGUCUGGAGCGUGCGUGACAGUCUGUGCAUUUUGA